AUGUCUUUUGUGAAGCAGACAUGGGAUGCAGGCAGCCUGCUGCUAUGCCGCAUCCCUGCUGCCCACACCAUCGACCUGCUGACAGCCCUACACAACUGUGUCGCCUCUCACAAGGACAACACCAUCCUGAAAUUUGCUGACGACACCACUGUCAUCGGACUCAUUACUGGCGGUGACGAGACAGCAUACAGGGAUGAGGUGGCAAAUCUGGUGACAUGGUGUGAGGAGAACAAUCUCACCCUCAACAAAGACAAGACCAAGGAAAUGAUCGUGGACAUGAGAAAGGAGAAGAAAACUCAUCAGCCACUGAUUAUCCAUAGGCCUGAUGUGGAGAGGGUGAGCAGUUUCAAAUUCCUGGGCGUCUACAUCUGUGAUGACCUCACUUGGACACUUAACACCACCCAGCUGGUCAAAAAGGCACAACAGUGGCUGUAUUUCCUGAGGAGGCUGAGGAGAUUUGGCAUGUCACCACAGAUCCUCAGCAACUUCUACAGCUGCAUCAUUGAAAGCAUCUUGACCAGCUGCAUCACGGUGUGGUAUGGGAGUACCACUAAAAUGGACCGUAAGCAUCUGCAGAGAGUGAACUUGAGUCGCCUCGCACAUCCAUUACCCCGCGCCGCCCCCCCAGGCAGGCGCAUCAAUAACGCUCGCGCCCGGCAGAGAGGAGGACACCGCGCGCUGCCCGAGGGGUCCCACCACGUGCCCCACACCAUUACAGCCCACCCAUCCUUCAUCACCCGAACCCCCCACCAGCACUGCAGAGAGGCCCGCGUGCCCCUGCGCAACCCACCCACCUCCGGAAUUAACCCUCUCCUUCAGGACAGGAGCGGAGGUGGGAAGCGCUUCCUUCAGUCUUGCACCCAGCGCACUUUUGACUGGACGCAGUUCACUAGCGCGCUGUACAAGGCGGGAGUUAUCGCGGGGCCUCUUCAGCAGCUGUUCUGAGUGGAAAAUCUGGAAGGGACCAUGUUGUCACUGUCCCAGAAAAGUAACUCAAGGAACAGGCCCUCCUUGGGGCAGUGUCAGGACACUGAGAAUACGCCCCAGGACCUCAUCCAGCACUGGUCACCCCCACACAAACAGCAAUGUGUCGCUGCAAGGGGGAAGGAGAAUGAGGAGGUGCAGUUUGUCCUGGCCAGAAGGCCACGGAGGAGGAGAGAGUCCACAGGGCUGUCUUGGAACAGUCUCCCUGAUGAGCUUCUCCUGUGGAUCUUCUCCUACCUCCCUCUGCAGGACCUCUUGCGGACUUCCUGUGUCUGCAAGCGUUGGCAUCGCUUGGUAUUUGAUGAGUCUCUGUGGCACUGUGUGGACCUUGUGGGGAAGGCCCAGUUGGACGAGGCUCUGCGGCAUGUGCUGAUGGUGGGAGCUGUGGGGCUGCGCUGCCCGCGCUCCCUCAUCGGAGAGCCCCGCUUCGCCCACACACAGCGUCUGCGGGUCCAGCACCUGGACAUGUCCAACUGCAUUGUCAGAACCGGGGUUCUGGACGACAUCCUGUCCCGGUGCCAGCAGCUGCAGGACCUGAGCCUGGAGGGAAUGGAGCUGUCGGACAGCAUCUUGCAGUCUCUGUCACAGAACCCUAAGCUGGUGCGACUCAACCUCUGUGGCUGCUCUGGCUUUGCGCCUGAGUCGCUCGGCAGGAUGCUCCAGUGCUGUGAUCGGCUGCAGGAGCUGAAUGUGUCCUGGUGUGACUUUGACAGCAGUCAUGUGAAGGCCAUGGUGAACAAUAUCCCCUCCAGUGUCACACAGCUGAACAUCAGCGGUUACAGACAGAACCUGACAAUGGAAGAUGUCAAAGUAUUGGUGGAGCGAUGUCCGAACCUCACACACCUGGAUUUAAGUGACAGUGUGAACAUGACAGCCGAAAGCUUCCCAGUACUCCAGCAGCUCACCUGCCUGAGACAUCUGGCCCUGAGUCGCUGCUACCAGAUCCACCCAGCUGCACUGGCUAACUUAAAGUUCCCAGGGUUGCAGACACUGGAAGUGUUUGGCCUGGCACAGGAUAGCUACUUGUCCAUCCUGAAGGAGGUGCUUCCACAUAUUCACAUCAACACUUGCGCUUUCUCAAGUGUGGCUCGCCCCACCCCUGCCAGCAGGAAAGACCGCGCCUUGUGGGGAAUACACUGCAGGCUGUUCUACAAGCCCUAGUCAU